GCGCUGCUCCACCACCCGGACAAGAACCCGGACAGGGCCGAGGAGGCCACGCGGCAGUUCAAGUUGGUGGCGGAGGCCUAUUCGGUGCUGAAGGACCCUCAGAAGCGGGCGGCCUACGACGCGGGUGGUCUAUCGUCGGCUGGGUGUCCUGGGCAAACGCCACGGGACGCAAACAUCAACAUAGAGAAGGCCCGCGACCUGUUCCGGGAGGUUUUCGGCGCCGAGUUCGCCGACGCGCUCGCGACGACG